UAAUAUUUCUCAUUCGAAGCUUUCAAUCGAGCUGAUCUCCGUGACGCUGUUGCUACUUAUUUCUUAUAUAUUUUAAGUAUUUUGUACAAAAAUAAAGUACAUUUUUAGAAUAUAUACGUAUGAUGGCGUCCCUUGGGAAAGUCUUGUGUGGUACGUUUUUCACCAACACCAGUUUACGGGUGUUGAGACGUUACCCAAUAUGCGCAGGUAAACGGUAUUUAAGUCAAUCGAAAAUCGUCAAUAACCUUAAUCUUCAGACAUGCAGAGUACCGGUGACGGUUAUGCGGCAUUACAGUGUCAAGCCACCGAUGACUAUUGAACAAAUUAAAAAGCGUGUCCUAUUGGUAUUACAAUUAUACGACAAGGUUAACCCAGAUAAGCUUACUCUUGAAUCACAUUUUAUCAAUGAUCUUGGAUUAGAUUCAUUAGAUCAUGUGGAAGUUAUCAUGGCCAUAGAAGAUGAAUUUGGUUUUGAAAUACCUGAUGAAGAUGCUGAAAAGUUGCAUAAACCUAAAGAUAUUGUGCAAUAUGUGUGUGAUCGUGAAGAUAUUUAUGAUUAAAUCAUUCAGUCCUGUGUAUCUAAAUGUACUAAAUGUAGUUUUUCCAAAUAUUAUAACAACUCAUUGGAACAGCAACACUGAUUUGUUAUUUUUUAAGAAUAUAAGUAUAGUAAGUUUUGAAAAAGUUUUUUUUUGUCUGAAAUACAUUUUUUUUUUUUAUUAUUAUGAUUAUUAUUAACAUUAUUUAGUUAUAAUCAAACUUAGUAUAUUUUUUAUGAAAAUCCUUUGUAGUAUUUAAAUGCCCAAUAAGCAUCAAUUCCG